ACUACUUCAAUUGACUUUGUAUCCAACUUUCCCCCUUCAACCCACAUCAUAAACAUGUCUCUCAAGCCUAUCCUUCUUCACGGCCACGCCGGUGGUCCUAACCCUUGGAAGGUCGUCCUUCUCCUCAAGGAGUUGAACAUCCCUUACGAGCACAAGCUCUGGGAUUUCCCUGACCUCAAGAAGCCUGAGUACGAGAAGCUCAAUGUCAACGGAAGAACACCUACUAUUGAAGACCCCAACACUGGCAUUACCCUCUGGGAGUCUGGUGCCAUUCUCGAGUACUUAAUCGAGGAGUACGACAAGGAGAACAAGUUCACAUACACUUCCACUCCCGAGAAGUACCUGUUGAAGCAAUGGCUUCACUUCCAAGUCUCCGGUCAAGGCCCCUACUUCGGCCAGCGCGUCUGGUUCAACACCUACCACCAGGACAAGAUCGAGUCCGCGAUCGAGAGAUACAGCAAAGAGAUCAAGCGUGUGCUUACAGUCUUGGACAAGCACCUCAAAGAGCAGGGUACCGAAUACCUCGUCGGCGACAAGUACACCUACGCAGAUCUGUCAUUUAUCCCCUGGAACCUGCUCCUCCCCUUCAUCUUCGGCGAGCAGAGCGACGCUUUCCACGCCGAGAUUGAGAAGGAGCUACCAUCCUUCUGGGCAUGGCACCAGAGAAUCCUUGCUCGUCCUGCUUCGCAAGAAAUGAAGAAGGAGAGAGAGGCCAACUUCGCCAAAUAGGCGCUCAUUACGAAGCUCAUAUGACUUAGCUGAAAAGUAAUGGUCUGAAAUAUAUUUCACC